AUGCAAGUGGGGGGAUACGAAAUUCCUGUCCCAGUAUCGUCUCUGAGAUACGCAUCACGAGCAUCAUCCACCUAUACGGAUAAAAAAUCUUCAGUUACCCCGACAACUAGUCUGGUUAAAUUAUCGAGUCAAGAACAUUACCAGCUCCUGAAAAAGACACUGCAAGUGCUCUUCCUUACCGAAUUUAUGCUACUAAUCGAGUUUACCGAAGUAUUGGUUCCUGUCAUUUAUGGCGGCUACUUGACAAUUCUGUAUCACUUCCCCAACCGAAGAUUUUACCCCCAGUUAGCGGAAAUUUCCGAUCAAGAACUCUGGGAUAUGGUCAUCAGCGUGUUGCAAUAUGGAACUCUCGAGCUGGUAUCGCUGACACUUCUCGUUCUUGUACUAAACCGUCUCGUCCAUCCGCAUUCGUUAAAACAGCUGGCCUUUGUGUUGGAGCGUGAAUUCUUUAUGGUACAACCAAAACUCCUCCUUUGGGUUACUAUGACUAUGCAGUCCACCCUCCCACACCUCGGGGUCGAUUACAGCUUCAAGUUUGCUUGGCUUAAACACAGUAGUAGUGACACCAAUACACAAUAA